AUGGCGCCAAUAUCUUUCAAGGCGGGCCUGUUCCUACUCCCACAGCUCCACCUGGCAUGGACGAUGACCCUAGCCCCCCGUCAGCAGGUUAGUUGUAGCUAUGAGUCUGCUGCCAGUUCCGGAGAUACUUGCCAGACCUUCGCUGCUGAAUGGGGCCUGAGCGUGCAGACCUUCGAGUCUCUCAAUCCGGGCGUGACCUGCCCAGAUCUCGUGGCCGGUCAGAGCUACUGUGUGGUCGGCACAGUUUCAUCCAGUGGAUCAACCACGACCUCUUCAUCUCUUACCACUUCCACUUCGAUCUCCUCUUCCAUCAUCUCCACCCUUUCUACCCUUUCCACUUCUUCCACGUCAUCAACGACCUCAUCGUCAUCAUCGGCCCCCUAUGAGCCACAAAAAACGGGUACUGUCGCCAAUUGCGACAAAUUCUACCUAGUUGAACUCGGGGACUCGUGCGGAAAGAUCGAAGCCCAGUUCGACAUCAGUGCGAGCGAGUUCCUUGACUGGAACCCAUCCAUCAACUCGGAUUGUACCAACAUCCCGGCCGGCUACUACUACUGUGUAGAUGUCCCUGGUGCUACUAUUAUUCCCGCCACCACUACUACCGUACCAGCGACGACAACCACUCCCGCCGAUGGCAUCACUACUCCCACGCCCAUCCAAACCGGUAUGGUAGACAAUUGCAACAAGUUCGACCUCGUUCAAUCCGGCGAUAGCUGCGCAGCCAUCGCCGCCAAAUACGAUAUUCCCCUCUCCACCUUCUAUACCUGGAACCCGGCCGUUGGCUCGUCUUGCGCUGAUCUCUACCUGGGAUACUAUGUCUGUGUCGAUACCAUUGGUUACACUGCGCCGACUACGACCACCUCGGCGGGUAAUGGCAUCACCACCCCGACGCCUUACGAGCCGGGCAUGGUGGAUGACUGUACCACUUUCUAUUUCGUAAAUUCGGGUGACUCGUGCGCGAGCAUUGCUAGCAGUCAGGGCAUCACAAUUGCGGAUAUUGAGCUGUGGAACCCCAAGGUGGGAACCGGGUGUACGGAUCUAUGGUUACACGAGUACAUUUGUGUGGGUGUGUAA